UCCAUAUCACUUUUCUUUCUCCGGUACACCCUGUUUCAAUUCACACCAUGGCUUUCCGGGCAACACGCUUUCUGCGACACGCUUUCACCCCACGCCCCGCCUUCGAGCUGGCCCUGCGUGCGUCCUGCUUGCAGCUGGUCCUGGCGCGGUGGGGUCUGGAGACCGCUGCCCUGAUGGGGAUGCAAGGCGAGGCCACAGCCAACGACUCAGCCCGCAAGGAGCGCGCAGUCGAGGCCAUUGCCUCGGCCAUGUACGAAAGCGGCCUGGACGACCACAUGACCGAGGCCGAGAAAUCCAUGCUCGACCGGCCCUACCGCACCUGGCAGUACGACGACUACCAGUACGGCGACCACUGGGAGUCCCUGGGCGUCCUGCAGUGGCUGCUGGGCCGCCAGCACCAGAUCCCCGCAUACUACAAUAAUUUCGACCGCGCCAAUGUAUUCCGUGCCACGGGGAUCCAGCCAGCACAGCCGCAGAGCAUUGCGCAGUUCGUCGACUCCUUCAUGGCGCCCCAGCAGCACUUGAACGUCGACCAGAAUCUGCUACAGCGCGAGAUCGAUAUUGCAGAGGCCUGGAGCUGGCGUGCCCGCGCGCAGGCGCUAUUGCAAUUGCGUGCCGAGAUUGCUCGCACCGAACAGGGCCAUGAUCAGGCGCCGCUGCAAGAGGCCAUGCGCGCGAAGCACAUCCCGCAGAGCCUCAAGAAAAUCGCCAAGGAGCUGCCCAACACCAUUCCUGCCGCUGCCCGCCGUGCCUUUGAACGCGGCAUUAUCGACGGCCUUGAGAACGACGACUUUGCAAUCACCGUCGAGUUGAAGGAGGGCAAGGACCAAGACGGCCGCCCGGCCACUACCACUGUGCCGUACACGCAUCUGGAUUCCGCCCACCAUGACGCGAUCCGCAAGAUUGCUGAUGCCCGAUUCAUGGCCUUUGCGUGGUCUGUCGACAAGCUGGACCAGUGGGACCAGGACAAAAUGGCCGAGAUCACCUCCAUUAAUCCGAUCGUAUCGAUAUGGACGCCCCAGGAUGAGUAGCCCAGGCAUUGCCUGUUUCCAGUUGCAGCCUUUUUAAAUACACAUACCCACAAGGGCAUGUUCACAUGUGUGCUCUCCAACUU